CUUGAAAGGGGGGUUGUGUAAUGUACCUUUUCCAAUCCCGGGCUGUAUAUGGAGAUUUGGGAUUCUUUAAACCGGCGCUACCUGGAUUUUAUUAAAAAGCGGGGAGCUCGGCGGGAGGAAAGCUGGCUUUUCCGGGGGCUGCGGGAGGGCGGAGGAGUAGGCGCGCCGAGCGCUCGGCCCGGGGAGCGGUUUUCUACCAAAAAAAGGAAAGGCGGGCAAAAAGUGUGAGGCGGCUGCGGGUGGCGGAGGAGAGCGGCGGCCGCGGGAUGGCGGGCAGCACGGGCGCCUAGCCGCGCCGGUAGCCGGGGCCGCCGCCGGAGUCGCUGUCGCCGGAGCCCGAAGCCGGGAACCCAGCCGCGCCAGACGCCGUGUGCACCGCCUUGCACAGCUCUGCCUGGCCGUCCGGAGGGGCCCCACCGCCAGCCGCCUGUGCGCCCCGGGCCGUCGGCCCGCCACCGAGCGCAAGCCCCGCUGGCCGCCGCCAUGCAUGCCGCGGAGCCCCCGCCGCCCGAGGACUCUGGGACUACGCCAAGGCCGAACUUUUAGGUCCCACUGAGCAAGGCCUGCGGGCCGAGUGAGGAUCUGGCCGCGGCACUCCCGCGGAGGAUGGAUGGCCGAGACUUCGGGCCCCAGCGGUCCGUGCACGGUCCCCCGCCGCCUCUGCUCUCCGGCCUGGCCAUGGACAGCCACCGCGUGGGCGCGGCCACUGCCGGACGCUUGCCUGCCUCGGGCUUGCCCGGCCCGCUGCCGCCCGGGAAGUACAUGGCCGGCCUGAACCUCCAUCCGCACCCGGGUAAGUGCCCCGCGCGGUGCCCGCCCUUUUCCUGUCUUCCCGGGGAGAUCCAUUCGGCAGGGUCCUUCUGCACACUCGCGGCUGGGGCUCAGCGCUUCUCCUUCGGCUGGCCACGGGGGCCCGGGCGGACUCGCCGCCCAGAGCGGGGUAACUCCGGCCCUGGAGCCAAGGCCAAUCCCGCGGCGGAGAGGGGCGCGCGGCUCGGCUGCGUUUUCCCCGGAGCGCCUGGCCUUCGUGAGUCGAAAGCCGGUGCCGUAACCGGAGCCACUGGGGGCGAUUCCAAUUCCCAGGGGCCCCGGCGGCACGAGCCUGGGCUGGAGUUUUCAAAAUCUGGGCAAGAAAAGAACAAACCGGCCCCCGCACCCCGUGAGACACCCGCUCUCAGAGCUCGAAUCUUUUUCUUGGCAAAUGCUCCUGUUGGCGCCCGUGGGCCCUGGGUUCUGUUCUCAGCUCUACCACCCGUGCCGAACCGGAUCCCCGGCAGCUCCCGGGCCCCGGGGGAUGCGGGAGGACGGUGACCCCAACCCUGGAACCCCGGUUUCGGGGUGGGCGGGAUGCCCCUUUCUUCCUUGGGAGAACGGCAGCCCUGGGAACAUGUACCCUGGUAGGAGGGCGGUGACCUCGGCCCUCGGGUACCCCUUGGUCUCCGGCGGGAAAGAGGGUGCGGAGGCGCGGCGUGGAUGCCGAAACGGGGCCACCGUGGUCCCGAACCCAGAGGGAAGGGAGAGAGUGGGUCGGGUCAGGCCCGGGCGGCGGAGGGGAAACCCUGGGUCUCACAUGGAGUCGUAGGAGGAGGUGGCCGAGAAGGCCCUGUGGCGUCCGCCAUUUCCCGAGAGGGGCUGCUUGGGCGCGGUGGGGACGUUUCCCGGGCGGGCGCCGCGCCGGGGCCCGGAGACUCUUGCUCCGGUCUGUCCGCGGCCGCUGCAGCCGGGCGGGGCGGGUAGGAGACUCAGGGACCUUCAGACCUGCCCAGCAGCCGCCCCAGUACACCCGGUCCCUCCUCCCCAGGCUGCCCCUGGCUUUUGUGCUUGGCGUCCCAAGUCUCGAC